GGGGCCAGGGGCGGGGGCCCUGGAAGGAGCGGGAGUUCAAGCCGAGCAGGGACGGGGCUAGGGGUCGGGGGGUGGGGGCAGCAAGCUGAAGCUGACACCCGUGCAUCCGGACACCGCACGAGCAUCGCCUGUGACAGCGCCCCGGGUCCGGUGGAGGGCAGCGGGGGGAGGAGGGAAGGAGGAGGAGAAGGAGGAGGAGGCGGGAGCAGCAUCCGGAGCGGAGCUGCAGCAGCGCCGCCUUUUGUGCUGCGGCCGCGGAGCCCCCGAGGGCCCAGUGUUCACCAUCACACCAGGGGCCAGAGGCCAUGGCUUGCCUCCAUGAGACCCGAACACCCUCUCCUUCCUUUGGGGGCUUCGUGUCUACCCUAAGUGAGGCAUCCAUGCGCAAGCUGGACCCAGACACUUCUGACUGCACUCCCGAGAAGGACCUGACGCCUACCCAGUGUGUACUUCGAGAUGUGGUACCCCUUGGUGGGCAGGGUGGGGGAGGGCCCAGCCCCUCCCCAGGUGGAGAGCCGCCCCCUGAGCCUUUUGCCAACAGUGUCCUGCAGCUACAUGAGCAGGAUGCAGGGGGCCCAGGGGGCGCAGCUGGGUCACCUGAGAGUCGGGCAUCCAGAGUUCGAGCUGAUGAGGUGCGACUGCAGUGCCAGAGUGGCAGUGGCUUCCUUGAGGGCCUCUUUGGCUGCCUGCGCCCUGUCUGGACCAUGAUUGGCAAAGCCUACUCCACUGAGCACAAGCAGCAGCAGGAAGACCUUUGGGAGGUCCCCUUUGAGGAAAUCCUGGACCUGCAGUGGGUGGGCUCAGGGGCCCAGGGUGCUGUCUUCCUGGGGCGCUUCCACGGGGAGGAGGUGGCUGUGAAGAAGGUGCGAGACCUCAAAGAAACCGACAUCAAGCACUUGCGAAAGCUGAAGCACCCCAACAUCAUCACCUUCAAGGGUGUGUGUACCCAGGCUCCCUGCUACUGCAUCCUCAUGGAGUUCUGCGCCCAGGGCCAACUAUAUGAGGUACUGCGGGCCGGCCGCCCUGUCACCCCCUCCUUACUGGUUGACUGGUCCAUGGGCAUCGCCGGUGGCAUGAACUACCUGCACCUACACAAGAUUAUCCACAGGGAUCUCAAGUCACCCAACAUGCUAAUCACCUACGACGAUGUGGUGAAGAUCUCAGAUUUUGGCACUUCCAAGGAGCUGAGUGACAAGAGCACCAAGAUGUCCUUUGCAGGGACAGUAGCCUGGAUGGCCCCUGAGGUGAUCCGCAAUGAGCCUGUGUCUGAGAAGGUCGACAUCUGGUCCUUCGGUGUGGUGCUGUGGGAACUGCUGACUGGUGAGAUCCCCUACAAAGACGUAGAUUCCUCAGCCAUCAUCUGGGGUGUGGGAAGCAACAGUCUCCAUCUGCCUGUGCCCUCCAGUUGCCCAGAUGGUUUCAAGAUCCUACUUCGCCAGUGCUGGAAUAGCAAACCGCGAAAUCGCCCAUCAUUCCGACAGAUUCUGCUGCAUCUGGACAUUGCCUCAGCUGAUGUACUCUCCACACCCCAGGAGACUUACUUUAAGUCCCAGGCAGAGUGGCGGGAAGAAGUAAAACUGCACUUUGAAAAGAUUAAGUCAGAAGGGACCUGUCUGCAUCGCCUAGAAGAGGAACUGGUGAUGAGAAGGAGGGAGGAGCUCAGACAUGCCCUGGACAUCAGGGAGCACUAUGAAAGGAAGCUGGAGAGAGCCAACAACCUGUAUAUGGAACUUAAUGCCCUCAUGUUGCAGCUGGAACUCAAGGAGAGGGAGCUGCUCAGGCGAGAGCAAGCUUUAGAGCGGAGGUGCCCAGGCCUGCUGAAGACACACCCUUCCCGGGGCCUCCUGCAUGGAAACACAAUGGAGAAGCUUAUCAAGAAGAGGAAUGUGCCACAGAAGCUGUCACCCCAUAGCAAAAGACCAGAUAUCCUCAAGACAGAGUCUUUGCUACCUAAACUAGAUGCAGCCCUAAGUGGGGUUGGGCUUCCUGGGUGUCCUAAGGGUCCCCCCUCACCAGGACGGAGUCGCCGUGGCAAGACCCGUCACCGCAAGGCCAGCGCCAAGGGGAGCUGUGGGGACCUGCCUGGGCUUCGUACAGCUGUGCCACCCAAUGAACCUGGAGGACCAGGAAGCCUAGGAGGGGGACCCUCAGCCUGGGAGGCCUGCCCUCCCGCCCUCCGUGGGCUUCAUCAUGACCUCCUGCUCCGCAAAAUGUCUUCAUCAUCCCCAGACCUGCUGUCAGCAGCACUAGGGUCCCGGGGCCGGGGGGCCACAAGCGGAGCUGGGGAUCCUGGCUCACCACCUCCGGCCCGGGGUGACACCCCACCAAGUGAGGGAUCAGCCCCUGGCUCCACCAGCCCAGACUCACCUGGGGGAGCCAAAGGGGAGCCACCUCCUCCAGUAGGGCCUGGUGAAGGUGUGGGGCUUCUGGGAACUGGAAGGGAAGGGACCUCGGGCCGGGGAGGAAGCCGGGCUGGGUCCCAGCACUUGACCCCAGCUGCACUGCUGUACAGGGCUGCCGUCACCCGAAGUCAGAAACGUGGCAUCUCAUCAGAAGAGGAGGAAGGAGAGGUGGACAGUGAAGUAGAGCUGACAUCAAGCCAGAGGUGGCCUCAGAGUCUGAACAUGCGCCAGUCACUAUCUACCUUCAGCUCAGAGAAUCCAUCAGAUGGGGAGGAAGGCACAGCUAGUGAACCUUCCCCCAGUGGCACACCUGAAGUCGGCAGCACCAACACUGAUGAGCGGCCAGAUGAGCGGUCUGAUGACAUGUGUUCCCAGGGCUCAGAAAUCCCACUGGACCCACCUCCUUCAGAGGUCAUCCCCAGCCCAGAACCCAGCUCCCUGCCCAUUCCACACCAGGAACUUCUCAGAGGAAAGCAGGGCCCUCCCAAUUCUGAGGACUCAGACUGUGACAGCACUGAAUUGGACAACUCCAGCAGCGUUGAUGCCUUGCGGCCCCCAGCUUCCCUCCCUCCAUGAAAGCCACUCAUAUUCCUUGUACAUAGAGAAAUAUUUAUAUAAAUUAUAUAUAUAUACAUAUA